UUUGGUGGAUUGUAACAAUAUUGUGUAAAGGUUUUUGCUUCUUCCAUGACACAGACCUAAAAGAGAGGCUUCACUUAAACUGAGCUUCACCAUUGCUCAAAAAGCGAAUGUGGAAUUCUUCGAGAAUCCACAAAUUAUUUGAUUUGGUUCUAUAGCUCUCAGUCUUUGAUUGAAACCCCAUUUGAGGAUGUGGACCUGGACCAGAUGUUUGUCUUUAUUUGCUUGUGCCCUGAUGCUAACUUCAUUGGGACAGGCCUGUCAAGGAGAUGAAUUGCCUAGAGAUAUAGUGCUUGACUGGUUGAAAAGACAGAUUUUGGAAGGUUUGGGAAUAGAUGAGCCUCCUUCGACUGUGCUGCAACUGCAACCCAGGCAGAUGAUGGACAGAGCUGUGCACCGCGUGCUUCCACGAAGGACCAGGGAAACGCAAGUGGAAAAGAGACACCGUCAAGAGUCAUCGCAGUUAAUUUUGUUUCCAAGCUCAGAGUCUACAUGCUUAGAAAUGCCCGACCACUCGUCUGAUGUUGCUACCGGUCCAUUUACAUUUUACUUUCAGCCUUCUCUGGACAGCCAGGAGUCCACCAUCACUUCUGCCCAAUUCUGGUUCUACGCAGGUGAGGCCAUCGCUACCAGCAACGUCUCUGCCCCUCUCUUCAUUCUCACCCCUAAACAGGAACUGCUCAGGGCAUCUGAAAACCCCUUCAAACGCUGUCCUGAUGGCUGGACCACCUAUAAGUUGGAUCGCCAUCUCCACAAUGCCAUGGCUGGUGGCCCCUUCAUGCUGCAGGUCCGCUGCACAGCCUGCAGCUGCUACGGUUCAGAAGAAGAUAAAACUCCAUUUCUCCAUCUCCGCGUCCAGCCGAGCGGCCCAGAUCGCUCCCGUAGAGCCCCAACGAUCCCCUGGUCUCCAUCUACUAUCGAGAACCUCAUGAGACCUGCUUCUGUGGACACUACCGCAGACUGCAGAAGAGAAGAGACAGAAAUUGCCUUCGAAGACCUGGGAUGGGAAAACUGGAUUGUUCAUCCUAAGGCUUUUACCUUCUACUAUUGCCAUGGCAACUGUUCCAGCACCGAGCGCAUAACCACCCUACUUGGCAUCAAGCAGUGUUGUGCUCCUGUUCAUGACAGCAUGAAGUCACUGCGUUUCACCACUACCUCAGACGGGGGAUUUUCUUUCAAGUACGAGACUUUGCCAAACAUCAUCCCAGAGGAAUGCCACUGCGUUUAAUAUUCUGGUUAUGCUUAGAUUUAAAACAGAUGUUGGAGUAAGAUUAAUACAAGUCACUUUAGAUAGCAGGUGUAGAUAUGAGCAGAUAAUAAUAGAUAACAUCCAUUUGUAGUCAUGCUUUUAAUGGAAAUAUUGUCUUUAUGUUUUCAAAUGUUAACUUUUAUUAACAUUUCAACUUUGUUAUUCAAAAAAAUAAAAGCUCAUUUUUGUACUUUA